AUGAUCAUCAUCGCGGCGUUGGCGGUAAGCGCCUUCUCCGUAUCAUCCCCAAGUCACGAGGUGUCCUCGGGUACCGCACCAGGGCGAAACGAUUCCUUCGCGGACAAGGUGUUCCUGUUCGCGACCACGGUCGGUACCGGGGACCCCUCCCCUACCCCGCCGCUGUCGCGCCUCCCGUCGGCCGAGGAAAACCCCCCCGUAUUACCACCGACCAUCAUCCCGCCCCUGUGGCGCGUGGAGGAUGCGGCGGCUGCUGCGGCCGAAGAGCAACAGCGGCCGCGCGAAAGCUGGCUGAAGAGCAUCGUCGCCACCAUCAUGGUGGCCGUUCGCUUCCUGGUUGGCCCCAACGGCCAGAGGACGAGGCAGGGAUGCCGGGGCGACGACGACGACGACGACAACCACGCCCCCGCCCAACGCGCUACGUGGCGGGCGCGAGCCGCAGCUGCCGCUCGUAGGUUUCUGCGCUCAGCGAGAAACAAGAUCAAACACGCCAAGGACCGCCUCCUCGCCAUGUUCGACAUCUCCGUCGCGAAGAGAACCGCUCGACUGUUGGACCUGGCGCGCAAGAUCAACGUGCAGGACAUGCCGCGCCGAGCGGGGUUCAGACGCCAAGGCAGCGAUGAGCUCUUUGAGGUCGAUCGUAGCCGCCUGGGAGUGAGCGAUGCCGUCGCCGCCGCUGUGAAGGAGAUUUGCACCAAGUUGGCGGCGGUAUUCCCUGUCAUCGGGUAUAACCAGGGCUUCGACGCCUCCUGUAAGGCGAUCUUCAUCUGUGUGGGCGGAAACCUGGGUGUGGCCGCCGCCGUUUUCACCAAGUGGGCCGUUCCCUUGGCCUGGAUGAUGAUGAACCCAUACAGGCACGGCCAGCUCGGCAUCAACACUGCCAUGCGAUACACCUGGUCGGUGAUCAAAAUGCACGCCGCUCCGGUGUCCGGAUGGCUGUGCCGCGACCCGAUCGUUGGCUGCGACGAGGACAACGAGAUGGCGGACACGAUUCUCGCACACAUCUUCAUGGAGCCGCUCUCGACCUUCUGCUCCAGGCUGGGCCUCCCCCAGUGUGUCAUCAACGACAUCGUCGAGGAGACGAUGCGGGCUGGCGUUCACGGCCCGGCGGUCACGAUAUUCGUUGUUAUGUCUCUUCUCUGCUUGGCGGAGAAGCAGGGGGCGGAGGACGCCGACGUGGUGGUGAUGGUGAAGGUCCCCCUGAUGGCCGCAGCAAGCAGCGUGAAGUCCUUCCAGGACAUGUUGGAGCACGCCCCGGUGUCGCUCGAGCACUUCUUGACUGGGUACCGAGCGGCAAUGGUCGGAGUACCGGCGUGCAACGGCUGGCCUGGGUAGAGCCGGUAUAGAGCGUCUCC